GAGUUCGGGAGUCGGCGCGCAGUGCGGCGCGUGCACGCAUGACAGCAUCAUGCUCGCGCUCGCCCUUCUCGCUAUCACCGUCACUGGAGCCCGCGCCCGCUCCUUUGACAUUACUGAACUAAUCGUACCGGAACUGGUACCACCCGGUCAAUCUGAAGUGGAAAUAGAAUGCCGCUACGACGCAAACUUCACUCUUCUAAACUGGUUCAAAGGCGUCAACGAGUUCUUUCGAUACAAACCCGGUGCAGCGCCGAGCACACGCUCAUUCCCCGUACUGGGAGUAGGAAGAGUGGAACUGAUGACCUGCGGCCCGACAGCCUGCAGGCUCAGGCUUGGCGCAUUGACAGAAGAUGCCACAGGGUUCUACAGAUGUGACAUCGAAAGAGACGUGCCACCGUACAAGUUCAAUACUCGUUCUGCAUAUAUGCAAGUGCACGGGCACGAACACAGAAGACCUCUGCUUGAAGGAUUGGGCGAAGAGUUCGAAGAGGGACAGGAGAUGCAGGCUUACUGCCGGGGAGCACCGAAUGCGGAAAUUCGCUGGUACAUCAACGGCAGAGAAGAGGAGGGAAUGCGUGGAUCACCUACGCUGAACAGGAAUGCUUCUAGAUUAAUCUUUCUAGGUAUACCUCCAAUGGUGACUGUGCAAUGUGCAGAGUUUAAAUUUGGAAAAUUAUCCGGCUCUAAAGAAAUGAAAGGGAAAUGGAAAGAUCACAGGAAAUCGAUGAGGGAUGAAAGACCCCAGGAACAAAAAAAUUCAUCCACUAGCAUGGGGAGAUGUGUUACAUUCGUGUUAUGUACAAUAUAUAUUUUAUUCUUUUGAGUGACAGUACGAUAUAUUCUUUGACUUAUUUAUGUU